AUGUUUUUAACGGUCGAAACGGAUUUUGGUCUCAACCUGCUCCAGUAUGCUCACGCUAACGAGUCUCUGGUUGUGUCGCCAAUCUCCGUGAUCUUCACACUGGUCAUGGUCCAAGCGGGUGCAAAAGGAGUUACGAAAUCUCAAAUUGAUUCCGUAAUUUCUGAAGGAGCCUCGGACAACGAAAUUGAUGAGCAUUAUACAAGACUAUCCAAGCAGAUUACGAACGCAACCAAUGGUGUGAAGAUCGAGAUCGCAAAUGCUUUUUUUAUUAACCAAGAGUUUGAGAUCGAAAAGGAUUAUGAGCAAACUAUUGAAGAAAGAUACAACGCGAGAGUAGAAGCGGUGAACUUCGACAAAGCAGAGGAAGCUGCCAAGAUUAUCGAUGGCUUCGAAGGCAAAACGACUGAAGGGAAAAUUCGUGACAUGGUAAACGAAGGCACGGUUCAAGGUGCUCAUUCAUUAAUUAUCAAUGCCAUCCAUUUCGCGGCGGAAUGGAAGUACAAAUUUGAUAAAGGUUCCAAUUCAAACGGCACUUUCUACAGCGCUGCAGGAAACCACAAGGAGGUAGAAUACAUGAAUGCGUUUUAUGUACACCGGCUAUACACUCAGGACGACGACUUCCAGGUGCUUUGCCUUCAAUACUCCGACCCAUCGUUCGCUUUCAACAUCUUCUUACCUAGAAGGAGUGCCGAUCUCAGCGAAGUCCGGUCAAGCCUCACGGGAGAGAAAAUCCAAAGUCUGCUCUCAGACUUAGAAGAGGCCUUCAUGUCGGUCACGAUUCCGAAAAUGAAGAUUGAGACUGAUUUCAAUCUUAAAUCUUCGCUGAUCCCUAUAGGUGUCUCGGAAAUGUUCAGUGACGAAGCUGAUCUCUCUGGAAUUAUCAAAGAACCCUCCGUUAAAGUCUCCGAUGUAACCCAUCGGGCCACCAUUGAGGUAGAUGAGGACGGAACAAGAGCGGCAGCCGCCACACUUUUCAAAGUUCCUCCAGUCUCAGCUGUUAUGAAGGAAUCAAUGGAAUUUCAAGCCGACCAUCCGUUUUUAUUUAUUCUGACGAAGGAUAAUAAUCCUUUAUUUAUGGGACAGUUUUUGUAA